AUAGCGAUUAUGCUGCUGAUGCUGCCUCUGAUCUACGUGGCUCUUAUAAGGAAAGAGAAAGAGCGAAAAUAUCUCUGUUUCUCUCUUAACGUCUUAACAAAUAGUUUUUUCUCCAGUGAAUAGGGCACUUUUCAUGUACGGGAUGCUCGUGUUGAAUAAAAACUUUGUACCACUACGCGGAGUACGGUCUGAUGAUAACUCAUUCUUGCCCAUAUGUCAAACGGCUUUUGACGGGCAGCUAUUACUUUAAAAAAGCAUACCGACUGUGUGAUUUUGUUUUUCUCAUUCUUUUUUCCCCCUAAAAGUUUGUUUGGCAUAAGGAAUCAUUAUGAAUUCGAUAGUAAGGACACUUAAAAUUAUCGUCUGUUUGUUAUUGAUAAUUAAUUAUGGCAAAAUAAGCGCUUCCGAAAGUAAUACAACUACAGUUAAUAACUCGACGAUGGCUAAUAUCAAACAACUAUCGGUCAAUUUAACGGCAACUAAUACUUCUGUACCCCAAAAACCUCGGCAUCCGCGAAUUGUAAUUAUUGGCGCAGGACCAUCGGGUAUUGCGGCCGCAUCUAAAUUGUUUGAUGCUGGUUUCAAAAAUGUGACCAUAAUAGAAGCUGAAAAUCGUAUUGGUGGUCGAGUUCAUACGGUAGAAUUUGGCAACUACUUGGUCGAUCUAGGAGGCCAGUGGGUUCACGGAGAAAAGGAAAAUGUAGCUUACGAAUUGGCCGCUCCCUUGGGAUUGCUCGAAAAAACCGACAAACCUUACUACGGACUCUCGCAAAAGUUCUUCGACUCGCUGGGAAAUCCACUUGACGCGGAGACAGAAACCACCCUCUUGAAGUUUUAUUACAAGCACACUGUUGAAGACGAAGGCCCGGAAAAUAUUACUGCGUACAAAUCAGUUGGAGAAUACAUUGAUAAAAUGUUUGAUGUACAAUUUCAAAACAAUUCUAAAAUAUACGGAGAAAAGGCAAAGUACAUGCAUCAUUUCGAAGUGUUCCGAAACAGUUUGGAAUCCGCAGAAUCUUGGCACAACGUGUCCUUAGAGGACGGAGGGUACAAGGAGUGCGAAGGUGAUCAAAUGAUCAAUUGGAAGAAUCGAGGGUAUUCGACAAUACUUGAUAUAUUAAUGAAAAAAUUGCCCGACUCGUCAAAGGAACUACCGGUUUUGAAGCAUACUAUGUUGAAUACGACAGUUAUGGCGAUCGACUACAUACGUAACAGCGAAGGUCCUCCUGUCUUGAUUACCACGGAAAAUGGCCAAUUGUACGAAGCCGACCAUGUCAUAGUAACCGUUUCUCUAGGAGUGCUCAAAGAAAAGCACAAGUCACUCUUUAUACCUCCAUUACCGAAUGAAAAAGUCAAGGCCAUUGAGAAUCUUGGCUUUGGCAACGUAGCCAAGAUUUACGUUUUGUUUGAUAAACCAUUUUGGAAUUUAGGUGACAACAGGUGUUUGAUAUUUAAUUUCCUUUGGAACGACGUUGACAGACAAUCCAUUCAAAACAACACCGAAAAAUCAUGGGUAUUAGGAAUAUCUAGUGCAAUGAGUGUAGAGCACAAGCCCAAUUUAUUGGAAUUAUGGGUCACUGGAAAAUAUGCCAAGGCUAUGGAAGCCCUGCCCGAGGAAACAGUUUUUAAUCAUACCCAAGAAGUACUUCGGAAAUUUCUCGAUAAGAAUUUAAAAAUGACCGAACGCCUUGCUAUGCUGAGAACUAGGUGGUAUUCAAAUCGAAAUUUCAGGGGAACUUACAGCUAUCGGAGCACGAGUUCGCAAAAAGAAAAAGUUUUCCCUGAAAUGUUGGAAAAACCUGUGAAUCCUCAAAAUAUGACAGUAUUAUUUGCUGGUGAAGCUACGCAUACGAUCAGAUCGUCAACAGUAGACGGGGCAAUUGGUUCAGGAUGGAAAGCUGCAAACAGACUGAUAGAGCAUUAUAAGGAGAGACCGAAAAUUAUAAUCAUUGGUGGCGGUGCAGCAGGAAUUUCAGCUGCAUCAAAACUAUUUGGAAAUGGAUUUACUAACGUGACGAUUUUGGAAGCAGAGGAUCGUAUCGGCGGUCGCGUCCACACCGUCAAGUUUGGAAAUUAUUCCGUCGAUCUUGGCGGACAAUGGAUUCAUGGACAAAAGAACAAUGUGGCCUACAAUUUAGCCAACAAGUACGAUUUGGUUGAGGCAACGAGCGAUUUGAAAUUUAAACAAAAAUUCUUCGAUUCUCUUGGAAAUCAGUUAAAUAGCGACUUGUCAGAAAAUCUCACAAUCUUUGAGGGAAAAUACGUUUAUGACAUUGAAUUUCACAGCAACACGUCAGGCUUCGAAUCAGUCGGUGAAUAUGUAGAAAAAAUGUUCGAAGAAAAAUUUAAGAACAAUCCGGAGAUUACGAAGGAAAAGAAAAAGUACUUGAACAACAUGGAACUGUCAAGAAUAAGUUUCGAUUCGGCAGAUUCCUGGAACGACAUUUCCGCCAUUGACGAAGGUGGAUACAAGGUGUGCGAAGGCGACCAGUCGGUUAACUGGAAAGAGCGAGGAUACUCGACGAUUCUCGAUAUACUAAUGAAACGUUAUCCUGAUCCUGAAAAAGAAUUGCCAGUGCGAAACAACACGAUACUAAACACCGAAGUAAUAUCAAUUAAUUAUUCGAGUGACGAAGAAGGAAGUCCAUCAAUUUUAAUAACCACAAAAAACGGACAACAGUACGAAGCCGAUCAUGUCAUUGUUACAGUGUCACUGGGAGUCUUAAAGGAGAAACAUAAAAAGCUUUUCACUCCUCGACUGUCCGAUCAAAAAAUCGCAGCUAUUGAGGGUAUUGGUUUCGGCAAAGUAGCGAAAAUCUACUUUUUGUUUGACCAUCCGUUUUGGACGAAAGGCGAGGAGGAGGUUUUCGAAUUCGCUUUCGUGUGGAAUGACGAAGACCGAAAGAAGAUUGAAGCCGAUCUUGAAAAGAAAUGGGUCCUCGGGAUCUAUGGAGCGAUAAAGGUUGAGCACAAACCGAAACUGUUAACAUUGUGGAUAACGGGUGAGUACGUAAAAAUGAUGGAAGAACUUUCGGAAAACAAGGUAUUCGAGCACGCGGUGGAAAAUCUUCAUCGUUUUCUGGACAAAACUUACAACGUGACCGAACCCGUGGCGAUGGUUAGAACCCAGUGGUACAGCAAUCCACAUUUUCGAGGGACUUACAGUUACCGUAGCGUUGAAUCGCAGAGACGGAAGGUUUACUCGACGAUGCUAGAAGAACCAAUAACUAGCGAGAAACCGAGGAUUUUGUUCGCUGGAGAAGCUACAUCGAGAACGAGAUUUUCCACCGUCGAUGGGGCGAUCGGUUCCGGAUGGAAGGCAGCUGAUAGACUAAUAGAACACUAUCACUAGUUACCACGGAUUUUUUUCAACGAAAUAACGAGAAAUUAAUAUUUUACUCUUACUUAGUACUUUUUUUUAAUGAUGACUGAAGAUGGCCUUUCAAGCUUUCAAAAAAUUCGUUUAUGUCGCCAAGGCUUAAUAUAGUAUAAGUUUGAAAGAUUUUGAAAAAAAAGCAAGAAUUAAAAGAUA